AUGCCGCUUGCUCCGGUUGACGAGAAAGGGACGCAGCUGUACUAUGAAGACAGCGGCGCGCCCGUGGGCUCGCGCGAUUACAAGACCCUUGUAAUGCUUCACGGUGGUCUCUUCCAUGGCGCUAUCUUCAAGCCCCUGUUCCCCUUCGCCGCAAAGCAUAACAUGCGCCUCGUCGCGCUGAAUGCGCGGGACUACCACGGCUCCUCGCCCUUCAGCGACUCCGAGCUCGCCGCGCUGGACAACCCAGACUUGCAGAGCCAGCAGUCCGUGCUACGAGCUUGCGGACGGGAGCUCGCUGCGUUUCUCGUCUGGUUCAUCAAGCACGAGCAGCUCCCGUUGGUGUCCGGCGGAGGGGGGCGUGGUGGGGGCAUCUCUGUCCUUGGGUGGUCGUUUGGGAGCGCGUUCUCGAUGUCGUUCCUCGCUCAAGCAGGUGUACUCUCAGAGAAGGAUCGGACCGUGUUGGGAGACUACAUGCAAACAGUCAUCAUCUUGGACCCCAGCCGUCACCCACUAGGCAUCCCCUCGGAUGCGCCUUCGGAACAACUCUACGAUCCCUUAAGCGACGCGGCCCUCACGCCCGAGCAGAAGCAGGCCGCCUUCUCCAGCUGGAUCUCCGGAUACUACAAACACGAACCCUCGUUCCUCGACUCCCUGCCCACGAGCAGCCGCGAGCAGCUGACAGCGGGCCUCCCGCGUGACCCGCAGACGGAGCCGUCCCCGACGCUGACGCGCAUGUCUGCUGAGGAACUCGCAGGCGUGACGGACCCCGCGGCCCUAGCGCACUCGACGCUCGCCUUCACACGAGUGGAUCCUCGGGUAUAUGAAGAGAACAUGCAGGCGGCGCUGUGGGACAAGACAAUCUGGCCGCGGUUGCGGAUCGCGCUGGUGUGGUGCGACGCAUCGGUGGGCCCAACGAUGUUGGCGAGCUGGUAUCUCGCGAAUAUGGUGGUGACGAGGUGGCCCGCGCAGGGCAGGAGGGUGGAGCUGGUGAGGUUCGAGGGAGCGAAUCAUUUCCCGCAUUGGGACAAGCCUGAGGAUAUGGUGCGGCUUCUGGCCAGGAUUCGUCCCUCAACCAACAACAUCACGCCGCCUAGCAUGCCUCUAGCCCCAGUUGAUGAUGAUGGGACGCAACUGUACUACGAGGACACAGGAGCUCCCGAGAACUGCCCCGGGUACAGGACGCUAGUACUGGUACAUGGCGCCAUCUUCAAUGGUGCGACCUUCAAGCUCAUGUUCCCUCAUGCCGCCAAACACGGCAUACGCCUCGUUACCGUGAACAUGCGCGACUAUCGCGGUUCGACGCCAUAUACUGAUGCCGACAUCGAAGCACUUGGCAGUGGCGAUCCAGAGCGGCAACAGUCCAUGAUCCGCGCUCGUGGAUUGGAGAUUGCUGCCUUCCUAGUAUGGUUCAUUCGCAAGGAGGACAUCCCUCCAUACGUAGUCGAUGGUGACAGAGGAGGCCUGUCAUUACUUGGAUGGUCUUGGGGGAACGUGGUGACGAUGGCGUUCUUAGCGCAAGCUUCUGGCCUCUCCGAGGAUGAUGGACGUCUACUGGAUGGCCACUUGAAGUCGUUCGUCAUUUUCGACAGUGCUCGCCAGGGCCUCGGCGUACCUGCAGCUGUCAUGGAGGGUCUCGACAGCCCCGGCGGCGGCACCGAUAUGCCUGCUGAAUCCGAUGAACGUUGGCUCUCCUGGGCUGUGCAUCACGCUCACUCAAAGCCGGUACUUGACGCGUUCCCUUUGGUCACCAUGAAUGAUAUGCAAGCCGGGGUUGCUCAUUCCAGCGUCGCAAACCCGCUUCCUCAGCAUAAAGCAGCCAGGGAACACAUGGUACGAGAGCUCGGCGAGAUCAUCGAUCCGACCGUCAUUGAGCGCGCACAACGAUUGUACCUCGAGGUGGACACAGCGCUCUAUGGACACAACGUACGAGGCGCCUUAUUGGAUGCGUCGACGUGGCCGUGCCUUCAAGUAUACCUCGUAUGGUGUGAUGCAUCUAUGCCGGAGACAGUGUUCUCCAAUUGGUAUCUCGCGAAGCAGACAGAGGAAAACUGGCCCCGGGACGCCAGGAGCGUCAAGGUUGUCCGCUUCGAGGACGCGAACCAUUUUCCUCAUUGGUAUCAACCAGAGGACACCAUGGCGCUAGUAGCAUCGCUCGUCUGA